UAACAUUGUAGUACUCUUCAAUCGGAAACCAUCAAGAUUCCACCGAACUUAAAUCUUACCGAUCAAUUUGAAUUACCCUCUAAAACGAUGCGUAAUGGUCACAGCUGUUCUUCCUCUUCGUUUCAACCGACUUUUAAAUCUUUCAACUAUUGAUAAAUGGAACUCUCAAAUAAGAGCAGCCGUGAGCAAACACCAUGCCCACCAAGCCCUUCUUCUCUUUCGCCAAAUGAAACAAAACGACGUUGUUCCAAACAACUUCACCUUCCCCUUCAUAGUCAAAGCUUGUGCCCAGCUUUCCAAUCUCAGGUACUCGCAAAUGAUCCAUACCCACAUCAUAAAAUCCCCCUUUUGGCCUGAUAUCUAUGUGCAAACCACAAUGGUCGAUAUGUACGUAAAAUGUUCUAGAUUGGAUUAUGCCUGUAAUGUGUUUGAUGAGAUGCCUCAAAGAGAUGUUGCGUCGUGGAACGCUUUGCUUCUGGGGUUCGCCCAAAAGGGUUUUGUUGGUAAAGUGUUGAGAAUUUUUUAUGAGAUGAGAUUUUUGGGGAUUAAGGGUGAUUCAGUCACGAUUAUUGGGAUCUCACAGUCGGUUUUGGAGCCAAAGAAUUUGAACCUGUUGAAGGCUGUUCAUUCCAUUGGGAUUCAGAUGGGGAUGGAUGCUGAUAUUUCAGUUGCUAAUACAUGGAUUUCUGCGUAUGCCAAAUGCGGUGACUUAGACUUUGCGGAGUUGGUUUUUAAUGGGAUUGAAGAGGGUUUAAGGACUGUCAUUUCCUGGAAUUCUUUGAUUUCAGGAUAUGCAAACAAUGGUAAGGUUUCUGAUGCAGUUAGGUUCUAUAAAUUGAUGAUGAAUGAUGAAUUUAGGCCUGAUGUUAGUACCAUUGUUAGCCUACUUUCAUCUUGUGUGCAACCAGAUGCACUAUUACAGGGUAUGUUGAUUCAUUCUCAUGGAAUAAAAAUGGGCUGUGAUCUAGAUAUAUCUGUGAUUAAUACACUGAUUUCAAUGUAUUCCAAGUGUGGCGAUAUUGUUUCAGCUAGGUUUUUAUUUGACACUAUGUAUGAUAGAACUUGUGUUUCUUGGACUGCUAUCAUUAGUGGGUAUGCUGAGAAAGGGGACAUGAAUGUGGCAUUUCAAUUGUUUUAUGCUAUGGAAGCAGCUGGUGAAAAACCUGAUUUGGUUACCAUGCUUUCACUGAUUUCGGGAUGUGGCCAAGGGGGUACACUUGAGCUUGGAAAAUGGAUUGACAGUUAUGCCAGUUCUGAAGGGUUAAGAGAUAAUGUAAUGGUCUGCAAUUCAUUGAUAGACAUGUAUGGAAAAUGUGGAAGUAUUGGUGAUGCUCGAGAGCUCUUCCUUUCUAUGCAUGAGAGGACUGUUGUCUCAUGGACAACUAUGAUUGCAGGCUGUGCUUUGAAUGGAGAGUUCUUUGAAGCUUUGAACCUUUUCCACCAGAUGGUGGAAUUGGGUUUCCAACCAAAUCAUGUAACAUUUCUUGCAGUUCUUCAAGCUUGCACUCAUGGAGGUUUCCUUGAAAGUGGAUGGGAGUGCUUCAAUAUGAUGACUGAGGUAUAUAAUAUAAAUCCUGGAUUAGACCAUUAUUCUUGUAUGGCAGACCUUCUUGGACGUAGAGGAAAGCUAAAGGAAGCACUGGAUUUUGUUAAAAGCAUGCCUAUCAAACCCGAUGCUGGCAUAUGGGGGGCAUUGCUCAGUGCUUGCAAGAUUCACCGAGACAUAGAGACGGGUGAAUAUGUGGCUACUCAUCUAUUCGAAUUGGAGCCUCAAGUGGCAGCAUCAUAUGUGGAGAUGGCUAAUAUAUAUGCUGUCUUGGGAAGGUGGGAUGGAGUCGCGAAAAUAAGAUCAAUGAUGAAAUGUAACAAUGUGAGGAAGCUUCCAGGACAAAGCGCUGUUCACAUUAAUGGUAAGACUAGUACUUUUACAGUUGAAGAUAGAGAUCAUCCUGAAGGCAGAAUAAUCUAUGCACUGUUGGAUUGUUUGACUUUUCAAUCAAAGGAAAAAGAAUACUUACCACAUUUAGGAGAGAUUUUACAGCAUGAAUAGGAAGAAAAUCUUUAUUGCUUUAACAUUUAUAUGUUAGAUUUGAACGAAACAUUCUUUGAGAUGGCAAUCGAGUUUCCAUUUUGUGGGCAAUUUGACAAAUAGCGGCAUCAUGUAAAUUGAGAUUUCAAGAGGUUUACUGAAUCCCUCUGUUGUAUAUAUUCUUAACAUUGAUUCAUAAUAUUAUGACUUAAUUUUUUUCUU